AUACCCAAAAUGAAUAAAAAAAAAGCAAAUAUACCUCUCCCCUCUCAAGUUCUUAAUUGGAGUAGAAACUACUCUAAUUCUUUUCUUCGCCUCUUUAAAUUUCAAUUCUCUUUCUCCUCAUUUGAAACAUUUUUCACACUAAAAUUAUAGAGAGAGAAAGUGAAGGUCAUCAUCAAUGGAGAAAUGGCAGAGAAUUUGGUUUUCUCUCUCCUCCACUGUCACUGUUACAUUGAUCAUCACCUUCGUCGUCGUCGCGCUCAUCUUCUGCGGCAGCGAUAGCCGAUUUUUCUCUACGACGAGCUUUGAUCCUGUUCAUGACGGCGGUCCUAAGCUUCGUCAGCUUUCGUUCUCCGUCGUUCAACUACAGAGUUUCGCUACUGCUUCGGAUUCUCUGGCUCCACCUUUUCUCGCGUCCAACUCCUCUGCUCAUCGCAGCGUCGCUCCGAAGAAAAAGAAGGGAGUGGAGGAAGGAUUAGCAAGAGCACGAGGGGCGAUUCGAAGAGAAAAGGCAGCUUGGAAUAGAAGAAAUCGGUCGUUAACUUUGAAUGCUCCUCCCAGUUUUAUCUACCGAAACCCCCGCGCUUUCCAUCGGAGUUAUCUAGAAAUGGAAAAGAGACUGAAAGUUUACGUGUACGAAGAGGGUGAACUACCAAUUGUACAUGACGGACCAUGUAAGGACAUCUACACAACUGAGGGGAGGUUUAUCCAUGAGAUUGAGAACGGAGCUACACGGUUCAGAACAAGAGACUCCAAACACGCUCACGUUUACUUCAUGCCUUACAGUGUUACAUGGAUGGUGAAGUAUCUUUACAAGCCAAUGACAUACAAUAUGACCCCUCUUACUCAUUUUGUCUCGGAUUAUAUCAAUGUGAUUUCCACCAAGUAUCCCUUCUGGAAUCGGUCUCAAGGGGCAGAUCACUUCAUGCUGGCUUGUCAUGAUUGGGGACCUCAUGCUUCAAGGGGAAACCCAGACCUGUACAACAGAUCCAUCAGGGUACUGUGUAAUGCAAACUCCUCAGAAGGGUUCAACCCACAAAAGGAUGUAAGCUUACCUGAAAUCCACCUAUAUGAUGGAAACAUUUCCCCAAAACUCCUCUCCAUCCCUCGACAAACUGUCCCUCGACCAUACCUCGCCUUUUUCGCUGGUGGUCUCCACGGCCCAAUAAGGCCAAUUCUUCUUAACAAUUGGAGGGGAAAGGACCCAGACUUGCAAGUACAUGAAUACCUCCCAAAGAAGUUAGAUUACUACACUAUGAUGCUUCAGUCUAAGUUCUGCCUUUGUCCUAGUGGCCAUGAAGUUGCUAGCCCAAGAAUAGUGGAGGCCAUUUACGCAGAAUGUGUGCCAGUUAUAUUAUCUAAGAACUAUGCUUUGCCUUUCAGUGAUGUUUUGAGAUGGGAGGCGUUUUCUAUACAGGUGGAUGUCGAAGACAUUCCAAGGUUGAAAGAGAUAUUAAGUGCAGUUCCAGAAAAGAAAUACAGAAAGCUUAUUCAAGGGAUCAGAGCUGUUAGACAGCAUUUUGUUCUCAACAGUCCUGCUAAGAGGUUUGAUGUUUUCCAUAUGAUACUGCACUCUGUAUGGCUCAGGAGAUUAAACUUGAAACUUAACUAACAUUUAGUAGAACUUAUAAUAGGAAGUUUUUGUUUUUAAUUUCAUAAAAUCACAUCUAAUCAACAGAAAAAAGGAUAUACCAACGUAGCUCUUUUGAUUUUCCAUACACAAUCUUGUAAAAAUACGCUUUAUGUUUAUUUGUAGAGAUCAAACGAAAGGACAGUUUUGUUCAGUAGUCAGUUUGUUAAUACAAGUAUAGUUUUCUGCUACA